GGGAGCGGCCGGAUGGAGCGGAGGAUGAAAGGCGGAUACUUGGACCAGCAAGUGCCCUACACCUUCUGCAGCAAAUCGCCCGGAAAUGGGAGCUUGAGCGAAGCGCUGACGGUCCCGCAGGGGAAGCUCAUGGACCCGGGCUCCCUGCCGCCCCCCGACUCCGAAGAUCUCUUCCAGGAUCUAAGUCAUUUCCAGGAGACGUGGCUGGCUGAAGCUCAGGUACCAGACAGUGAUGAACAGUUUGUUCCUGAUUUCCAUUCAGAAAACUUAGCUUUCCACAGCCCCACCACCAGGAUCAAGAAGGAGCCCCAGAGUCCCCGCACAGACACGGCCCUGUCCUGCAGCAGGAAGCCACCACUCCCCUACCACCAUGGCGAGCAGUGCCUUUAUUCCAGUGCCUAUGAUCCCCCCAGACAAAUCGCCAUCAAGUCCCCUGCCCCUGGUGCUCCUGGACAGUCGUCCCUGCAGCCCUUUCCCCGGGCAGAACAGCGGAGUUUCCUGAGACCCUCUGGCGCCUCCCAGCCGCACCCUGGCCAUGGGUACCUCGGGGAGCAUAGCUCCGUCUUCCAGCAGCCCCUGGACAUUUGCCACUCCUUCACAUCAUCUCAGGGAGGGGGCCGGGAACCCCUCCCCACCCCCUACCAACACCAGCUGUCGGAGCCCUGCCCACCCUACCCCCAGCAGAGCUUCAAGCAGGAAUACCAUGACCCCCUGUAUGAACAGGCGGGCCAGCCGGCCGUGGGCCAGGGUGGGGUCAAUGGGCACAGGUACCCAGGGGCGGGGGUGGUGAUCAAACAGGAGCAGACGGACUUCGCCUACGACUCAGGAGCCGGGAGAGGGAGGGAGAUGUACCUCCACCCAGAGGGUUUCUCUGGGCCCUCUCCUGGUGAUGGGGCCAUGGGCUAUGGCUAUGAGAAAACUCUGCAACCUUUCCCAGAUGAUGUCUGCGUUGUCCCUGAGAAAUUUGAAGGAGACAUCAAGCAGGAAGGGCUUGGCACGUUCCGAGAGGGGCCACCCUACCAGCGCCGGGGUGCCUUGCAGCUGUGGCAGUUUCUGGUGGCCCUGCUGGAUGACCCAACGAAUGCCCAUUUCAUUGCCUGGACAGGCCGGGGGAUGGAGUUCAAACUAAUUGAGCCUGAGGAGGUUGCCAGGCUCUGGGGCAUCCAGAAGAACCGGCCGGCCAUGAAUUAUGACAAGCUGAGCCGCUCACUUCGAUACUAUUAUGAGAAGGGCAUCAUGCAGAAGGUGGCUGGCGAGCGUUACGUGUACAAGUUCGUGUGCGAGCCCGAGGCCCUCUUCUCCCUGGCCUUCCCGGACAAUCAGCGUCCAGCUCUCAAGGCUGAGUUUGACCGGCCGGUCAGUGAGGAGGACACAGUUCCUUUGUCCCACUUGGAUGAGAGCCCCGCCUACCUCCCAGAGCUGGCUGGCCCUGCACAGCCCUUUGGCCCCAAGGGUGGCUACUCUUACUAGACCCCAGCGGCUGCUCUUCCUGCUGUGGGUGGGUGCUGCCCUGUGUACAUACAGAAUUUGGUGUUGGGGAAACCCUCACUCUGAAACCCAGAUGUCUCUGGGGCAGAUCCCCACUGUCCCGUCAGUCACCUGGGCCCAGACUCUGAGCUGCUCACCAGAGUCAUUGGGAAGGAAAACUGGAGAAACAGCAAGUCUAAAGGUGGAGUCUCAGAAACUCCCCCAGGGGCUUCGCCUCUGCCCCUGCGGAGUUCAGCUCAGCCUCUGCCUAGGUCCUGCUUAGAAGUCCAAUCCCUGCUCCUUUUCCCCUACCACAGAGAACAAGAGUUUAUUCUGUUCUGGGGGACAGAGAAGGAGCUUCCCAACUUUAUCUUGGCAAGGGGGAGAGGGCUCACUGAACUCCCAGCUCUCCCACCGUGGGGAGCCUGGACUCUGCACUCCGCCCCAAGCCGUGGCCCUGGAGGGACCCACUUGUCAGUUCUUGGUGCUCUGUGUUCCCAGAGGCAGAGGGAGGGUGGAGAAAGGAACCCGGGUUGGGGGCGGUGGUGCUAGGUGGAGGCAGGGAGGGGUGGGUUCCUCCUCCCAGGGGCCCUCUACCUCUCCUCUGCCUUUUCUGAGGCCCAGGCCUGGGAUUCCACCUCCACCUCCACCAUAUCUGCUGGACCUUAAUAAAGGCCCCUGCCUCUCCUGUUAA